AUGUCUCAGGCAUUGUGGAAGGUCUACAAGGCUAAAGUCCUGCAGACCCUCGGUGGAGAACCACAAGAGGAGGAUCUCCAAGAUGAGAGAGAUAACCCUGAACUGAUGGAAACCACAGACUCCACGCUGCUGACAGAGGAGGGAACGAGUCCUGUUUCUCAGCUGGCACGACGGGUCCAGGGAGCUGGGGCCAGAGGUUGGAGGACCAUGUCAUCUUUGUUCACCAGGGAGGAUGAACAUCAGUUGCUGGCCCCCGAGCCUUGUGCUGACCACCCUCUAGCAGUAAAGCCAGCUGAGGAACCCUCCACUGAGAAGAAAGCCACUAGCCUUUGGGAUGUCUUUGCUACCAAGUGGCAACAGACCGCUGCUCUGGAAAAGAUGGCUAUGAAACCCGACACUCAAGAGCAGGUGGCAGAAGGAAGCGAGGUGUCGGGGGAAACUGAGGCCGAGGAGGCCAACGCCAGCCAUGCCAAUGACCUGCGAGAGGCUGAAGGUGUGGCCUUCAAGUGGAGCUUUCUGACCAGCAAACUGGCUGAAAUGAAAAACAAAAAUGCCCCCAAAAGCAACUAG